AUGUCACAUGAAAUAAGCAGACGAGGAGAUUCAAGUUUGCAGAUUUCCCAGACAUGGAAGUACACCUCCAAUGUUGGCUCCAUUCUGGCAUCUGUGUUUGCUUUUAUCAUGGAGCACCCCAUAGUCACCAUGUUCAUUGCCAUUUUUGUGGGGCUUUCUGCUUUGCCUGUUGUGCUGUUUAUGUCAUUUGUGCUUUACAGUCUUCUCUUUACAAUCCUUGGAUUUGCAUUGAUUGAAGGAACACUACUGAUGUUUGCACUCUCGUUGCUUAGUGCUGUCAUAUUUUUUGUCUUCUUUGUCUCUGUCUGUGUGACAGUUCUGGCAAUGUUGACGUGGACCUCUGCCACUAUUGGAUUCAGCCUAGCACAGAAGUUGCAAGGGACAGUUCAGUAUUUAUUUCCACAUUGGAAUUUAAGCUUGGAGACUUCACCAAGUCCUGUGACAAGACAUUCCAAAUCAGACUGA